UUUUUUUCCCGUUGUUUUUCUCAAGCAAAAUAUUAAUGAAAAUUCUCGUUUCUGAUUGAUUGAUGAUAUAAGUGUGUAAAACCCAUAAAAGAAACAAAACCAUAAAAUCAUUUUGGUAGUUUACAACAUGCCACUCCAAGCCAUUUCUUUCAGAGUUCUUGAACCACAGAACCAUACCUCAUGGCUUGUAGUGGUUUUUUUAUAAUGGGUUUUGUUUUAUUUUUUUGCUGAAUAAGGCAAUAUAUUAACACAAAAAAAGAGCGCAGAAACAAACAAAAGCAAGGGAAGGGGAGAGAUUUAGCCAACCCCUCCUUCCACAAACCCAGAAACUAUAGGGAAAGAGGGGGGGGGGGGGGGACCCAAAACUGUUACAAAAGUAAGCUAGGGAAUGAGCUACAAAGUUAGAGAUUCUAAAAACAAAAGAGGCAUUCCAACAUACAAAAGAGUUUAGAAUCACACGGGUAUAGUUUAGCCCAUAUAUGAUUCUUAUACAUAUAUGAUUAACAAAGACUAUAGUUUAGCCCAUCACGGGGUGUGAAGAUGAGUCCAUGUUUAGGUACCAGUGAAGUCAUUGGUUUUGAGGUGAGUCCAAGUCCAUGGUGGUUCAGUAUAUGUUUGUAGCUUCCCAAUGACAAUUAGAGCGGAUUAGUGGUGGAACAAGGAUUACUUCAAAUGUAAAGUUUGGCCAAAUAGACAUAGACAAUCUCAUCUAACCACCUAUAUUUUAUGUUUGCCUGUGUGUUUGGAUAACACAAUUGAUUAAUUGUAAUGACCAUGUCAAAUUUAGUAGUAUUAUAUAUUGGGGUUUGUCAUGAAGUAUCAUAUUGCAACUUAUAUUCAGAGUAUGACCAAAACUGUAACUUUGCUUUCUGGUACUAGCAGCAACAAAACAGCUAACAGCAUCUGUUACGAAUUCUUGGCAAUUGGUAAGAUUGGGAUUACACUGCGAUGAGUAUUAGGUCAAAUUUUGGUGGCCUUUUGCUAAAGUUGAGUAUCAGGAUGGAGAAUGUAAGGCAGUUAUUUGAGGCCAAAGAAGAAUACUUCAUCCGCAAUGGAGCAAUGUUACUAGAAAAGCAAAUCACCUGCAACCAAGGUAGAGAUACAGAGCCAAUCAAGAUUUUCUCUGCCAAGGACAUCCAACAGGCUACUAAUAACUUCGAUUCUAAUCUAAUCCUCGGCUCUGAAAUUGCAACAGUCUACAAAGGAACACUAGAUGAACGGGAAGUAGCUAUUAAAGUCAAAGGCCCUCCAACGCAUUGGCCCUUUGAGAUGAUGGUAGAUUUCUUCCUAAACCAAGUCACAAUUAAACAAUUGAUCAGCCACAAGAACGUUAUGAGACUCUAUGGUUGCUGCCUUGAAACUGAAAUUCCCAUGCUGGUGUUUGAGCUCAUCUCCAAUGGCACCCUCUUUGAUCCCUCCAUGGUCAUUGCAAAGAGAUUCCUUGCCGGAUCUCAUGGCUUGACCGUGUAAGAAUAGCCACUGAGGCAUCCUAUGCUCUUUGUUACAUGCACUAUGGUAGGCCAAGGCCAAUAGUCCAUUUGAAUGUCAAAUCAUCAAAUAUAUUUUUGGAUGAGUCCUGGACUGCCAAAUUAUCAAAUUUUGGUUUUUCAGUUUCAAUUGCACCUGGAGAAGACUUUUUUCAGAGUAGUUCCAUUGAGGGAACCAUUGGAUACAUAGACCCAGAAUAUCUAAAAACACUACGUGUCACGGAAAAGUGUGAUGUUUAUGGCUUUGGGGUUGUACUGGUGGAAGUCUUAACAGGUGAUUAUCCCACAAACACUUUCCUAGGGCAUAUGAAUUUGGUAGAUUACUUUGUUUUGUCAAUGGAAGAGAAUUGCAUAUUGCAAAUUAUUGAUGAUGUGGUGCUAAGGCAAGGAAGCAAUGAAGAUAUUCAAGCAUUCGCUGAGCUUGCAUUGAGAUGCAUCAAGAAGAAGGGAGAUGAGAGGCCAGCCAUGAGAGAAGUAACACUAGAGCUUAGGCGGAUACAACAUCUCAUAUGGUCAAAACAAAAUAAUGAAACUAGUUCAGCUCAAACACCCUUUUAAAGUCAUGUAACUGAAUUGUCAUUGUUGGCAUUAGAAGCCCAACAUGUAUGUGAUUUCCAAGUCUUUUUACUGUUUACUAAGUUUGUAAAGUCAACUUUAUCAUAUUAUUAGAUUUUUGGGUAGAAGUUGGUUUCAUUGGAACAGAAGCAACCAAUGGCUGAUCAAAUUGCAGAAUAUGGUACUCGAGGAAAAUUUUCUUGGCACGUUGUUGCUGUGUAAUUUGUUUGCUACUCUUGACACAUUAUAAUUCAUUGCAGAAUAUGAUCUUCCUAAUGCAUUCUUGUCAA